AUGGUAAAUGACUUAGCUCAGGUUAAGGUCAACUUAGCUAAUGUUGAUAAAUCAUCCUACUCCCUGGCCAAAAUCGGUAUCGCAAACCAAGUUCGUCAGGGAGAUCCCGUGUGCGCACUUGGCUCACCUCUUUGUGACCAUAUGAACACAUUGACCGCUGGAGUGAUCAGUAAUGUAAAUCGCAUGGAUUAUGAGAUUGGUUUGAAAAAGAAGGGGAGACGAUUUUUCCAAACUGAUUGUGCUAUUAACAACGGCAACUCCGGGGGACCAUUGGUAAACUUGAAUGGAGAAGUAAUUGGAGUAGUAGUGAAACUGGUAUUGUCUAAAGAUUAUGGAAAGACAAGGUCGGAAGGGAUUGCCUUUGUCAUUCCCAUUGACACGGUGCUGAACCCAGUAAUUAUGGAAGGUAAUAUCUCUCAAGAUGGAUCAGCUGGUUUUGUAGGAAAGGAAAAAGCUCCAGGAGCUGUACUUGGGGUACCGCUCGAUCCAGGUGCUACACUAGAAGACGUCCGGAAAAGAAUCCGUGCAGUGAGGAAAAAAAUCCUAUUGGAGGAAGCUAAACAGCAGAAGCAGUUGUCCAAGUUGGAGAAAUGGAGGCAAGAGCUCAAGGAUCUGAAGGAGAAAUCAGCCCAGAUCUAG